AGUUCUAUACACGAGGAGCGAACGCGCGGUCGCCAUGCGAGAAAAAACGAUAAUCAAAAACGAAUACGAACCACAUCCAAAAUUAAAUUAAGGCGCCAUUUUGAAAUUUAAAUAACGAAUUAUCGAACGAAUUUAGUCUAAAGAAAUAUUGUAACAGUAAUAUUCAAAACAUUUGGCGAGUCCAAGGAUGUGAACUUUUUUUAAAAAUUUUGUAUGUGCGCCUUCAAAGGAAUGUGGUUUUAGUGUCCAUGCAAAAAGAACGUGUGUUGUGUGGUUUUAUUUUUGUUUCGAUGAGUACGUAGCGUUCGGAGUGUUGUGUUUAAAAAUAAAUUAUAGGAAAAGACUGAAAGAUGUGGAGCAUUCUACUGAUAGUGGCGCUGGCGUCGACCGCGCGUUCUAAACAAAUUCCUGUCACUACCGAACUGGUAACCACGUCAGUGGCCACAGCAACAGACCUGACCACGACUCCAUGGCCCGGAGCCCUGGCGCCACUCGAUACACUCACCGUCGCGUGCGAGCGGGACAACAUGCACGUCACUAUCUCACUAGCGCACACCGAGCCCUACGAGAACAGUAUCUACGAUACAUUCAACGGGAUAGUGUAUCCUGCAGGGCUGGGGAGUAACUCCUCGUGCCUGCGGGAGUACGUCGCAGCGCGCGGUGAUCUCCAGUACACGCUGCCCCUUAAAGGUUGCAACACCAUGUCCAUUGAUGAUGUAAGUUUGACAUUUUAUAGAACAUUGUUUUUUUUAACAACAUUUAGAAUUCAAAACUGGUAUUUUAGUUACACCACUAUCACAUUAUUAUAUGUAUAAAAUCAUAAGUAAAUUAUUAAUAGAUAUAUGAGAAAACUAUGACACUGUAGAUAUCUAUGAUCUUAUACGUACAUAUGAUUAUGUAAUAACGACUUGUUGUAAUAUGGCCUGCAUACCGCAUAUUAAUUAUUACAUUAUAGCUCAAAACGUUGCAAGUCGCAAUUGGUAGACCAAUUUUGUUUAAUGCAUGUAUCUAUUUAUAUUCCACUUGACAUGAACUAUUGCAUGCCUUUAGCGCAAAGCGCGUAGGUAUAUUCUACUAGCGCCUAAAAAUCAAGAUUCCAACGUUUUAUCGCAUAAAAUCGUAUCUAACAAUCAUAUUGAACAUAUAAAUGCACAUAAAAAGCAUAUUAUAUAUACAUGGUAUUUGAAAGGGACGAAGAGAGAACGAAGUGUGAAAUAUGGGUAAAUCAGGAAUGUCUAGAACAGGUAAAUGAAAUUGUAUACUUGGGGAGUGCUUUUAGCCGGGAUGGAAGAUGUGAUUUAGAUGUGGACAGGCGUGUAGCUGCCGGGAACAAAGUCAAUGGUGCCCUGACUGCGUUAGUCAAAGGGCAAGGCGUAGCGAAGAGUGCACGCCUUGCAAUACAUAACGCAGUGUUGGUACCGACUUUGUUAUAUGGCAGCGAAACCUGGGUAUGCCAGAAGAAGCAUAAAAGUAAGUUAUGUAUAAUAUAUAAUGCAGUGGAGAUGCGAUCUCUUCGUAAAAUGUGCGGCGUUACCAUGGCCGACCGAAAGCGAAACGAAGAGAUUCGCAAUAUGGCAGGUUUGAAAGAUGACCUUAUCACAAAAAUUGAUAAGGGCGUGCUUCGGUGGUUUGGGUACGUUGAGCGAAUGAGUGAAGACCGAAUGGUGAAGAAAAUAUAUAGCGCGAAAGUUAAUAUUAAAAGGUGUCGAGGUAGACCGAGACUAACUUUCGAAGACCAUGUGAGCAAAUUGCUCGAAGAGGGUAGGGUCAAAAGUACUCGGAUACCUAGACAUGCAUGCAUGAAGAAGAUAAUGAAUCUGAAAGAAGCGAAAGAGGUUUGUAAGGACCGUGACACUUGGCGAUCUGUUCUCUCUGGCUACCCCGUCAGGGAUUGUGCGUAAAGAUAAGUAAUAAAAAGCAUAUUGUCAGAAAGAUAAAUGAUUGUUGAACUUAUUAAUAUUUUUUAAAUUAAUUAAUUGCUAUUUUUACAUACAAAAGUGGUUUUAAAUGCUUAUGGUAUAGAUUUUAUCAAGUCCGCAUGGAGUGGUAAACAUGAUAACUUUUGAAAAUAUCAAUUGUUUAACUCAAUCUAUUUUUUAAUAUCUUCAUCUAUCAUGUGGGAAGCCAUGUAAUGUAAAUGACAUUUUAAUUUUUUUAGUUAUAAUUAUUUUUUUUCCAUAGAAAUCCGGAAAUUUUCGAUGUUUUAGCGGCCUUAUAACAAUUUAUUUUACUAAAUAGACUGCCUGAUUCACUCACUUCGGUGUUAGCCGCUGUCGUGAGUGGAUGUUGUAUUGGUUGUUUGCAGCGGCUUCGAAAAACCAAAUUUCAUACAUUGAUUAUAAUAAUAAUCAGAUAUUUUUUUUACAAUAUUUUAAAAGCACAGAAUAAAUAUUAGUACUACGUACUAAAAGUAAGUAGGAUGUAUAUACUUAAAUACGUCUAGGAAUUUAUGGAGUGACCUGAAUGAUGAUAUGAUGAUCAUGAGCAUUAUGAGUUGUGCACUUUUGGAUUUUACAAAAAACUUAUUUUUAAUUGAAUAUUGACAUAAAAUUAUUAGAAAAUUAGAAGUAUAAUAAUUUGUUUAUUAGUGAAAACUUGUUUUCAAUUACUUUAAAAAAUUACAUAUAAUCAUGUUAUACGUGAUUUUUUUUACGCGCUUAAGGCAUGCAUAAUUGGAUUUACCAAUAGUUUUUUUUCAUUUUACCCUGUCUCGGGCACCAUGCAUGCAUGUAUUUAAAGUCGAUAUUGGAUUUAAUGAUUAAAAUAUUUUAUAUAUAGGAUGUAGGAUUGGGGCUUUAAUAAAAUGCAGCAAAUCUUCUUCAAGCUUUAUUUUCUUCACUUUGCACUUCGUCUUUCGUCUAGUCCGAAACUCGAACAAAUCGCCAUACUUUUAAAAGAGAACUUCUGUAUUAUGUAAACGAACUACUAAUCAUAAACAAUUAAGUCAAUAGAGUGAUGCCUUCCAUCCAAUAUAGGCGCACAAAUUUACGAAAAUUUAUAAUAAGAAUAUAUUUUACCUAAAAAUGUAAGUAACAACCAGCAUUCGUAUUGCCGGGAGAUCUCUUCACAUUUUUAAGACAAAUAGAAUACAAUUUUUUUUUUAUAGGAUAAGGGUGACAAACGAGCACACAGUCCACCUGAUGGUAAGUGGUUGCUGUGGCCCAUAGACAUCUACAUCUAUCCUCGAUUACGAAUCAAAAUGCAGAUGCGUUGUCAGCCGUGAGGACUCUGAUGGAAUGCCUUGUUUCCAGUAAAAAGGGUCUCCGGUUCUCUACACUCACCAUACGAAACACAGCAGCAUUAAGCUGCUAUUAUAGAAAAAUCGGACUUCUCAUAUCCGACAUGCCAGUUUCCCUUUCACUUCCACAAACUGAAUCAGGAUCUUAUAUCAAAAUACAUGUAUAAACUAUUUCAAUAUUACAGAGAUCAGACAUUUUUACGAAAUAAAUACUCCUUUUAAUGAAAUAAAAUCUCUACGUUUUGAACUGAGAAAAUAAAAUGGCUUAGUAAACCUGUUUAAUAUUAUAUUUAAACUAAGAACUUAAAAUAUUAAAUUUAAAUUACGAACGCAAAAUAGUCUUCUUUUUCUCGCUUCUGUUUUCUUGACACACUCUUCAGUCAACACAUUAGCAGGUUCAACGCCUUUCUCUACAUAUAGUUAUAAUAUAUUAUAAAAGCAUAUAUCUGUUAUAGUAAAAUAAAUAUAUAAAGUGAUAUAAAGUGCC